CGGUCAUGUGAUCAGCUGUGUCCAAUCACAGCUGAUCACAUGGGACAUGUGCACUGAUCAUCAGGGCACUGUUGGCUAGUGUGCCCUGAUGAUCAGUGUAGCCCCAGCAGUGCCACCUCUCAGUGUCCAUCAGUACCAGCUGUCAGUGCUCAUCCAUGCCACCUGCCAGUGCCCAUCAGUGCCACAUCAAUGCCACAUAUCAGUGCCUACCAUUGCACAUCAAUGCCACAUAUCGGUGCCCAUCUGAGCUGCCUUUCAGUGUCACCAGUCAAUGCCAGUCAGUGCCACCUAUCAAUGCCAGUCAGUGCCACCAAUCAGUGCCGUCUAACAGUGGCAGUCAGUGCUGCCUAUCAGUGCCAGCCAGUGCCACCUAACAGUGCCAGUCAGUGCUGCCUCAGUGACGCCUAUCAG